AUGAUCUUUGUGUCUCAUUCUUCUGUGAUUCUACAUAGCGGAGGGCUAUGGAUUGCCGCUGCUAGAUCCAUUCUUACGUUACCCUGUGGCGAACACAGGUCGUUGAUUGCGUGGACGGUGAUGAUCAACGGCAUCAUGACGAAGGGCCACUGGAAUGGAGUCCACUUCACGGAACACUUCUAUCAUAUUGUCGCAAACGUCUUUCUCACGGGACAAUAUGUUGAUCUAGUCGCAGACCCAGGCUUAUGGUGGUCUAGAAUGACCGAUUUGGCGGUAGGGCUAGCGGUGGAGGUGGAAUCCAGCAGGGUUGGGACGAAGGACAGAGUUUUUGAUUCUCCUAGCGACAGAGCCAAGGCGAAAUUCGCAGCGCUGCUUCGUCAAUGCAAAAGCCUGGCGGAGGUAUGCGCAAUUCACGAUGAAACUGCUCGAGAGGGGCGAGAUCGCGGGACUUUUGUGGGGAACAUCCUUGUCCAAAUGUAUGGGAAGUACUGUGAUCUUGAGAAUGCGCGUGAGGUGUUUCAGAGGAUCAACUGGAAGAACGUUUUUUCAUGGACUAUGAUCAUUGCUGCGUAUGCCCAAAACGGGCAUCCGCGGGAGGCGAUGCAAAUGUACCGCGAGAUGUGCCAGCGCGGGAUGAGGGCGGACAAGGUCGCGUUCCUCGGGAUCCUUGGCGCGAGCGGACAAUUGGGCGAUCUCGCGCAGGCGAUUGCGAUCCGCGAUGCCGUCACUGCCACCGGGCUCGACUCCGACGUUGUCAUUGCCAAUGCGGUGAUCGACAUGCUGGGCAAGUGCCGCAGCGCCGAGCUUGCCAGAGAGUACUUCGAUUCGAUCGAGUGGAAGGACGUGAUCUCCUGGAACUCGAUGAUGGGCGCCUAUAUCCAGCUCGGCCAGCCGGAUCGAGCGCUCGAGCUCUACGAUCAGAUGGCUCUCAAACCAGACGAUGCUACGUUUGUGGCGGCAUUGGGAGCCUGCGCGCUGCUCGAGCUCCUCGAUAGAGGGAGGGCGGUGUACGAGCGGGCUGUACGGCACGGAUACGGCUCGCAUUUGCUGGUGGCCACCGCGGCCGUCAACAUGUACGGCAAGUGCGGGCGCUGUGCUGAGGAGGGACGUACGGCAUUUGAUGCCAUUGGGCCGGACAAAGAUACCAUUUGCUGGACAAACAUGAUCUCCGCAUAUGCCCAGUACGGGCAUCCGCGGGAGGCCAUGCAUUUGCUGUGGAGAAUGGAGCAGGAAGGGUUUAAGCCAAACCUUGCCACCUUUGUUGCCCUAGUUGAGGCGUGUUCUCAGCUUGGAGCCCUUGAGAUAGGAGGGAUGAUCUACGCGCGUGUCGUUGCGAGCCGGCUUGAUUCAGAUCCAAUCCUCGGGACAGGAAUCCUACACAUGUAUGCAAAGUUUGGGAACGUAGCGGAGGCUGCGAAUGUUUUCGAGAAGCUCAGUCUCAAUGGAGACAUUAUAACCUGGAAUUGCAUGCUCAUGGCUCACGCGCAACACGGAUCCGGCAUGGAAGUGUUGAGGCUGUACCAGGAAAUGGUGGUGCAGGGUUUGCAGCCUAGCGAUAUCACCUUUGUGGCCAUCUUGUGUGCUUGCAGCCACCUCGGGGCGUGGGAGAAGGGGCACGAACACUUUCGUUUCAUGAAAUGGGACUUCGGGAUAGAUCCCACCGCAGAGCACUUUGGCUGCGUGGUUGAUCUUUUGGGAAGAUCCGGGAGAGUGAAAGAUGCCGAGAGUUUGAUCGAGAGCAUGCCCGUGUACCCGGGAAGCGUUGUGUGGAAGGUCUUGCUCAGCGCUUGCAAACUCCAUGGCAAUGUGGAGCUCGCCGCAAAGGCUGGCGCUCUCGCGUCGGAGCUGGAACCCUACGAUCACUGCACGUAUGUCAUGCUCUCAAACGUUUUCUCCGCGAGGGAAGCAAGUCUAAACACGUAA